AUGUCCUUCCGACGACAUGAUCUGGAUAAUCUCCGCACGUUUCUCACCGGGCUGGUGACUGUGCACCACACCUCAAUCGCCUAUGGUGGGGCAGGAGGAUGGCCUUUCAAGUCUGCUGCUUUUGUCGGCGCGUCACCCUUGAUAUUGGGGUUCAAUAUGUUCAACCAGUCCUUCUUCAUGGGAGUUUUCUUUUGGAUUUCUGGACGCGUUUCAGCCCAAGCACUGCAGAGGGCGACAAGUUUAACCGCAUUCCUGAAGAACAAGACAUUGAGACUUGCUGUCCCUACCCUGUCUUAUACAUUGAUUGUAAACCCAAUCAUGCAUGCCUUGUUACAGCCGGACCUGGGUAUCGAAUCAGUGCUCGCGUUUAUCCGGGACUAUUUUGUCAAUCUCAGGGGUGUGAGAGGCCCAGUGUGGUAUCCAGUCACCUUGCUUUGUUUCGAUGCCAUCGCGGGGCUCAUCACUACUUCCCAUUGGAGGCAUAUCCGGAGGAGCAAAGGGGCACAUUUGUACGAAUUGCUAAGAAGAUACGGGUGGCUAGCGGCAGCCGUGCUAAACUUCCUGGCUAAGACACAAUAUCCAGUGGGAAGAGCGCUGCCCAUCAUCAAUCUGCAGCCCGCAUAUAUGUUCCAGUAUAUUUACGCAUAUACUCUGGGAUAUCUCGGCUACUAUCAAGGGGAACAGAUCAUGAGAGGCCCCUUUGAAAUCCUCUCUGGUAGCCAGGGCCCGACAAGAACUAAGUCGCCUGAGAGGAAAUUCGCCAAAGGCAUAUCACUGAGAACUGCCAUAAUGGUGUCUCUGCUGUCCAUGAGCAUCAUUCACCUCCCUCGAUACCUGGACUCGAUCGAAUGGGUAGAAAAGACGACUGAGCAGCUAUUUGGAGGUUGGAAUCUGCCUUCACUUCUCUAUGCUUUUUGGAAUGAAUUCUCAUUCAAUCUUUUCUCGCCUGCGCUCAUGUUUGAUUUUCAACAAAGACAAAGUCAACAAGCGACCCGGUCCAUCUGGAAUGCCAGGUACUCGUAUGCCACUUUCCUGGUCCACACACCUUUUUUGUACAUCUGA